GAAAUGACAUCAUCAGUUCUGCAAGGUCAUGUGACAUGAUGACACCAUGUUAAGCUCCGGACUGUAUUUCUAACCAGUAUGCAUUGCGUUCGACCCAGCAUGCAUCACAUCAAGUUAGAUUUGCAUAGAUCAAGUCAAAUGAGCCUAAUCUUGUAGCCAAGGAGUAGAGCGUUUCAGUGACGUGAUUUUACGGUAAGAGCCCUACAAAACACCCCUCAAAACUCAUGCAAACAUAUGGAACAGCUAAUUACUCAACGGAAAAUCCAAAAGUACAUUUUUGCAUAAAUUGCAUACUAACAAUAAAUCUCUUAUUAACCCCUUUGAGUAGAAGCAUAAUCUUGGUGUCAAAUGAAAGCUAACUCUCUUGGAGUUUCUUGUUUGUAUUUAGAUUGUAUGGCAGUGACUGUCAUAGAAUCAAAGAAGCAUUAUUUCACACUGUGACAAAGUUUUCCAAAAAUGACACUGAGCUAAACGCAUAGGUAUUCCAACAGAAAUAAAUUUGUGAAAAAAUCAUAUUUUACUCUAGUGAUCUAUGGUGGGCUGGUGGCGUUUUGGGGCCGGGCUAAUUUCUCUGAGCUAAAAGGAGCAUAUUUGAAUAUUUUUUUUGCUGUACCGUGCGAGUAGCCUGCACUGUGUGACUGUAGUUCCUUUCAUUUUCAGAAUGUGCAUUAUAUCCAUAACCUUAAGUCUUAAGUGGAAACCGGCAAUCAUGUUCAGGGGCCCUGCUAGAAAAUGUGGGCCCUAUGACACAAGUUCCACUUUAAUGCACAAUGCAUGAGGUGCACACAGGAAUAUAUAAACACACAAACACAUAUUCUCAAACACACCCACACAUACAUGCAAAACAUCUCCACAACCAUACAUGCAUGAAGUCCCACACAGACAGACGCACACACCACAAAGAUGCAACUCUUCGACAGAACAGAGAUCAUUGUCAGACUGAGGGCUGAGCAUUUUGAGCUGUUUGUUUCGACAACUCUUACAGUACGUCCUGUUCCUGUUUGAGUGAAACUAUUAAUAUCUUUUAAAACUCUCUCUAUCUCCUUCUCUCUCUUCAUGGCAAGCAAAGUAGAACUGGUCUACACCGUGCUGGAGGUCCUGAUCGCUGUGGCAUGUUGCCUUGGUAAUCUGCUGGUGAUCUGGGCAGUGUGGAAGUGUGGUGCCAUGCGGCGGCAGCCCACCUUCUGCUUUAUCGUCUCUCUGGCCGUAGCCGACUUCCUGGUGGGUGCUGUGGCGAUACCUGUGGCGGUUUUGGUGAACGGAUGGGUCAGAACCUCCGUCCAUGGUUGUGUGGUUCUGUGCUCUCUGGUGAUCGUUCUGACCCAAGCUUCUGUCCAUUCCUUAUUGGCCAUCGCUCUGGAUCGGUUCCUACGUGUCUACAUCCCACUCAGGUACAGAAAGCUAGUGACGGCAAAGAGGUCCUGGGGUGUGGUGGGGGGAUGCUGGAUCACAGCAUGUCUCCUAGGUUCUGUGCCCCUGCUAGGGUGGAGCUUGCACACCUCCCAAAACACCACCAUCAACUCAACCCACCCUCCCACCUGCAAGUUCAUGGAUGUGAUGUCAAUGUCCUACAUGGUGUUCUUCAACUUCCUGGGCUGUAUCCUGCUCCCCAUGCUGUGCACAGCAGCGCUGUAUGCCUAUAUCUUCCAUCUGAUCCGCAGACGUCUGCAGAGCUGGAAUGGGGAGUCCAGUGCCUUCUACCAGCGGGAGAGGAGUCUGGCCUGCUCGCUGUUGUUUGUGCUGGUGUUAUUUGCUCUCUGCUGGUUACCCAUACACCUCAUCAACAUUGCCAUCUACGCCAACAAGGACGUGCAUGAGACAGUGUUGUACACGGGCAUCCUGCUCUCGCAUGCCAACUCAGCCGUUAACCCGGUGGUAUACACUUUCAAGGUGCCCAGGAUCAAGAAGGCAUACAGGGACAUCUGUAUGCCUUCUUGGCUCGUGGCUGACAGAGAACACCACUAAUAUUACUCCAUGUUCAAACAACCUAAACCCAGGGAAGCACCUACACAGCCCAGAAAUAUCAGACUAUGUGACUGAGUUAUAGCAGGUGUAUUGCAUGCAUAUAUAUCUGGAAAAAAAUAAAGAGACCACUGCACAUUUUUUGAUGUCAUCCUACAGAUGCCGAGAGACAUUUGAAUGAGUUAAUUAAUCGUGAUAUUACAGUACAUAUAUAUUAAAUACAUUUAUCGUGAUUAAAUAUAUCCCCCUAAAGCUUCUUAAAGGGCAUAUAAAAACAA